UGCAAAGAAGUUCAUCGCGGUCGCUUCGACUGGCAAUCGAUUGAAAAAUUUUUUAAAAAUCUCAUAACGAAUUGUAAUCGUUAUAUCUGUAAUAUAAUUUGUAUUUAUGGUGUCGUUCAAAAAAUAAUUUUUUUACAUCCUAUCGCAGACAGGAUGUCAGAGAUCUCGCAAACAACAUUAAUUGCCGAGGACAUGUCAGACCGAAGGCUAGACUUAUAAGCGAUCUUAUUACCGGAGUUACGGCACAGAACAGUCGCGAGACAUACGUGAAAUAGGAAGGAUGGACAGAUGGGCAGGGAAGGUGGCCGUGGUAACGGGUGCAAGUGCCGGAAUUGGGGCCGCGAUUGUCAAGCAAUUGCUCACUCAUGGGAUGGUGGUAGCAGGCCUUGCCAGAAGAGUAGAAAAGAUAAAAGAAUUGGAGCAAGGGUUGGAAGAAUGUACGGGAAAGUUGUACGCCGUAGAAUGCGAUGUAUCAAAAGAGGAAAGCGUGAUCGCAGCUUUCGCAUGGGUUCAAGAAAAUCUUGGCCCUGCAAAUGUAUUGAUCAACAAUGCUGGAAUAACAAAAGAAUCUUCUCUUAUAGAUGGCAAUUUAGAAGAUUGGCGCUCUGUUUUCGACGUGAACGUUUUCGGAUUGUGCCUCUGCACUAAGGAAGCAAUUCGCAUGAUGCGAGAAACAGGAGGCGAAGGUGUCAUAAUAAACAUAAACAGCCUUGCAGGUGAAAGAGUGCCUUUCAUACCUGGAUUCUCCGUUUAUCCAGCUUCAAAAAGAGCUAUCGCUGCUCUUGCGCAAACAUUGCGACACGAGCUGACGGGAACCCAAAUCAGGGUUACGGGUAUUAGCCCAGGUCUAGUAGCCACAGAAUUAAUGGUAUCUUACAGCACGUAUUCCGAGGAAGCGUUAGCAUCAUUUCCCACAUUGGAUCCAGAAGACGUCGCAACAGCUGCAAUAUAUAUUUUAUCAUGUGCCCCGCAUGUUGUCUUGCGAGAUUUAUGGAAUUAUACAAAGUCGCUUUCCAAGAGACAAGAAUUGCAGGAAGCGAGACAUUUGUUCAGAGAGGCAAAGAAUCUUGUAAAAAUUAAAGCAAAAUUGGACAAAAUUUAUCGUGUAAUUAAUAAAGGAUUGCUUCACAAUCCAAGAUUUCAUUCGCUUCAUGCUAUAAAAGGAGAUCUUCAUUUUUCUGAAGGAAAAUGGACAAAAGCCAUCCAGAACUAUGAAAACGCAAAGCUUUUUGCCAAAGAUGAUUAUACAUUGACGAAAGAGAAAUUAACAGAUAUUUACAAUGAUCAGUUAGUCAAUGCUUAUAAGAAAAGAAGUGAAUUCUAUUGUGAAAAUAAUAUGUUAUUAGAAGCUUUGAGCGACUAUGAACAAAUUUUUCUAUUUAAAAUACCUAAAAUAAACCUAAUGGAAAUACAAGAUAGGUUAUUAGAAAUUUUACGCCAAUUGCACAAAUACGAUAAGUUUCGAAUGUAUUGGGAUCAAUUUAUAAUGAAUCCCGAUCCUAUGAGGGCUUCCGAUUUAUUAGCUGUACACGCAGAAUAUAAGAUUCAUCUUAAAGAAAUGGCAACUGCCAGGCAUAUGCUUCUGAAAGUUGUAUUUAGUACUGGUCACGCGUUAUCAGCCUAUACUGUUUUAUGGUGCAUGCAUUCUUGUUAUGACAAAGGUUUGGUCACGAUCGAAAAAGCACUCGAUUGUAAUCCGUACAAUCCAGGAUUUAAUUUAUUAAAAACUGUAGUUUUACGAUUGUCUGGUCGUUUCGAAGAAGCAAAUAUAUGGUUAGAAAGUCUCAAUAAAAAUUUUUUUAAACUAGUGAAACCGACAAGAGACAAAGAAAAAUCGAUCAUGGGAAAACUUUCGAUUAAAGAAACAAGAAAUCAUUUGAUCAAACAAUGGUAUCUGAUACGAUAUGAUAUGGCGAUGCAAUGUCUGUUAGAGGACAAAAUCAGUAUGGCAAUACAAAUUGUAUUGAAAAGUAAUCUGGUCAAACAAUAUCCAGAAUCGUAUCUGUUAUUAGGCGAUUGUUUCAUCAAACGUAACGAAAUUAAUUUGGCACUAAAGUCGUAUCUCAAAUGUCGCAAAAAGAUGCGCAAACUGAAUUUACCACUUUGUCAAAAGACUGUCGAUUUAGCGGAGCGAAUAAUCGAUAUCCUGAACGAUAAAGCAGAGGUGGCGAUAAACAAUAAAGAUUCGAAACGAGCCAUUAGUUUAGCUGAGCAAAUACUAAAAAUAUUUGAUGAAGAUAAAAUACCAUUAGAAGAAUUACGUUUACAACGUAGCCGUGCCCUUAUCCAUAAAGCUCGUGGCCUGUUUCAAAUGGAAAAUAAAAAAGCUAAAAGAUCAAGUAAAUUUGAUGUAUCGAUCGAAGCAAUGUUAAAAAUAUACACAUCUGAUGCAAUAUUUGCAAAAUGUUACUCGAACAAGAAAAUGCCUAUAUCUCUUUUUAUCACUUAUCCUUACUUUUGUAUCAAGGAAUUCGCAAUGGAACAAAAUUGGAUUGAUAAAGUUGCUUUAGUUACUGGAGCUAACUCGGGCAUUGGCAAAUGUCUAAUAGAAUGUUUAGUUGGCAAAGGAAUGAAAGUUAUUGGAAUUGCUCCACAAGUCGAUAAAAUGAAGACUCUUGUUGAGGAAUUAAAAUCGAAACCCGGAAAACUAGUUCCUCUUCAAUGCGAUCUUUCCAACCAGAACGAUAUCUUGAAAGUCAUAGAAUGGGUCGAGAAGAACUUAGGAGCUAUAGAUAUUCUCAUUAAUAAUGCAACUAUUAAUAUCGAUGUCACACUGCAAAAUGAUGAAGUGUUAGAUUGGAAGAAAAUUUUUGACAUAAAUCUUCUUGGACUGACUUGCAUGAUCCAAGAAGUUCUGAAAUUAAUGAAGAAAAAAGGAAUUAAUAAUGGUAUUAUUGUAAAUAUCAAUGAUGCUUCUGGACUGAACCUAUUACCAAUGAAUCGUAAUCGUCCAGCUUAUUUAGCCAGUAAAUGUGCAUUAACUACCUUGACAGAUUGUCUUAGGUCUGAAUUAGCACAAUGUGAAUCCAAUAUCAAAGUCAUUUCCAUUAGUCCUGAUUUAGUGGAAACCGAUAUGACUGCACAAUGGUUAAAAGAAAACUCUCGUCUAGCUUUGAAACCCAAAGAUGUUUCCAAUUGUGUUCUCUUCGCUUUACAAACUCCUGACAAUGUCUUGAUCAAAGAACUGGUAGUCACACCGAAUCGUGAAACGAUAUAAAAAAAAAACCAA